AAACACUUAAACUUUCGGUUGAUGGAAGGGUAUGGUUAUCCUUACCCGCCGGCAUACCCCCCUAUGCCUGAAGGGGCAUACCCCGACCAUGGUGACGGGUUUGGGGACUAUUAUGGUUUACCAGUGACCGAAGAUAUCUCUAAGAGAUCUCGGUCUCUUGAUAGUGAGACCAAAACUCGAACACGGUCCAAAUCCCGGUCAAGAUCGCAAUCAAAAUCCAAAUCUCGGUCGCGCUCGCGGUCGCGUAGUCGCAGCCAGAGCCACAGUCGCUCGGUCAGCCAUAGUCGCACGCGCAGCCGCAGUCGCUCACGUAGCCGUAGUCGCAGUCGCAGCCGCUCCGUCAGUCGCCGACGAGAACUGACGUACAAGGAGCCAGGACUUUUGGACGCAUUUCGUGUGAUGUACUUAACGCCAAGCAAGCACAAAAAGGCCACAGCAAAGUUCCUAGCGACGAAGAAGCGGCAGGACCGUGUGCAGGAGUUGUUGAAGAGUGAUGGGUUGGGUUCCAAGCACUGGUUCUUCUACCCUCGGUCACAAGCGUGCACCGAGCCGGCUGCUGGCGAAGUGGCUGGUUCACGCGACAACUGUGAUCAACGGGUUAAGGUCGAUGGAGAUUUCUUCCGGAAAUACAAAAAAAGUAAGAAAGUGGACAAGGAUGCGCCGAUCGCGAAAUUGAAGCGAUGGGAAUUGAUACUUUACCAGAAGUUAGGUUUUGUACAAGCCGUUUGA